GGGGGAAGCAGCCGUCGGCGGCUGCCGUGAGCCCGGCUGGGGAAGGAGGAGGGUGGUAGGCGCAGAGCGCGGUCCCCGCCGGCCCUCCCGGAGCCAUGGGAAGAUGAGACAGGAAUCAGUGCCACCUAAAUUGUUUGAUCCGGUGAAACUGCAAGAAAAGGUCUCUGAGGCCCCCAUCUGCUGACUGCAUGACAAACCCUAAAGGAAAUGCCAGUCGUGAUGGCCCGGGACCUGGAGGAAACAGCAUCAUCCUCAGAGGAUGAGGAGGUGGUAAGCCAAGAGGAUCAUCCGUGUAUCAUGUGGACCGGAGGCUGCAGGAGAAUUCCAGUUUUGGUGUUCCACGCUGAGGCUAUUCUGACAAAGGACAACAAUAUUCGAGUAAUUGGAGAACGUUAUCAUUUGUCUUACAAAAUUGUGCGAACAGAUAGUCGCCUGGUACGCAGCAUUCUGACAGCCCAUGGAUUUCAUGAAGUUCACCCAAGCAGCACUGACUAUAACCUAAUGUGGACGGGAUCUCACCUGAAGCCCUUCUUACUUCGCACACUCUCUGAAGCACAAAAGGUUAAUCACUUUCCCAGGUCCUAUGAACUAACCCGGAAAGACCGACUCUACAAAAACAUCAUCCGAAUGCAGCACACACACGGAUUCAAGGCUUUUCACAUCCUCCCUCAGACCUUCCUUCUGCCAGCCGAGUAUGCGGAAUUCUGUAAUUCAUAUUCAAAGGACCGGGGACCUUGGAUAGUAAAACCAGUGGCCUCUUCUAGGGGGCGGGGCGUCUACCUGAUCAACAAUCCGAACCAGAUUUCCCUGGAGGAGAACAUCCUGGUCUCCCGUUACAUUAACAACCCCCUGCUCAUAGACGAUUUCAAGUUUGACGUGCGCCUCUACGUGCUUGUGACUUCCUAUGAUCCUCUUGUCAUCUAUCUCUAUGAAGAGGGAUUGGCUAGGUUUGCAACUGUGAGAUAUGAUCAAGGAGCCAAGAACAUUCGGAACCAGUUCAUGCACCUGACAAACUACAGUGUGAAUAAGAAGAGUGGAGACUAUGUCAGCUGUGAUGAUCCAGAGGUGGAGGAUUAUGGGAACAAAUGGAGCAUGAGUGCCAUGCUUAGGUAUCUGAAACAGGAAGGCAGAGAUACAACUGCGUUGAUGGCCCAUGUGGAAGACCUGAUUAUUAAGACUAUCAUCUCUGCUGAACUAGCUAUUGCUACAGCCUGUAAAACCUUUGUUCCUCACCGCAGCAGUUGUUUUGAACUCUAUGGCUUUGAUGUGCUCAUUGAUUCUACUCUGAAGCCAUGGUUGUUGGAAGUAAAUCUCUCCCCUUCUUUGGCCUGCGAUGCACCUCUGGACCUAAAGAUUAAAGCCAGUAUGAUUUCAGAUAUGUUCACUGUUGUAGGAUUUGUGUGCCAGGAUCCUGCCCAGAGGGCAUCAACCCGGCCAAUUUAUCCCACCUUUGAGUCUUCCAGGCGAAACCCUUUCCAGAAACCUCAGCGUCCAGUGUCUGCACAGUGUCAGUCCUCAGAUGCCAAACUGCGUUCCCGUCCACUGUCUGCCAGUGAUGCGGAAAUGAAAAACCUUGUGGGCUCAGCCCGAGAGAAGGUGCCGGGGAAGUUAGGUGGUUCUGUGCUUGGUCUGUCAAUGGAGGAGAUCAAAGUUUUACGGAGAGUGAAGGAAGAAAAUGAUCGGAGAGGUGGAUUUAUUCGCAUAUUCCCUACUUCGGAGACAUGGGAAAUAUAUGGGUCCUACCUGGAACACAAGACCUCCAUGAACUAUAUGCUGGCAACGCGUCUCUUCCAGGACAGGGGAAACCCAAGAAGAAGCUUAUUGACAGGAAGAACACGACUAGCUGCUGACGGAACCCCGGAACUGAAGGUAGAGAGUAUGAAUUCAAAGGCCAAACUGCACGCUGCCCUCUAUGAGCGGAAGCUCCUGUCUUUGGAGGUGCGAAAACGUCGGCGACGCAGCGGCAGAUUGAGGGCCGUGAGGCCAAGAUACCCAGUGAUCACUCAGCCGGCUGAAAUGAAUGUUAAAACUGAGACAGAGAGUGACGAGGAGGAAGAAGUCGCGUUAGACAAUGAAGACGAAGAGCAGGAGGCUUCCCAGGAGGAAUCCGCAGGGUCCCUUGGAGAAAAUCAAGCCAAAUACACCCCCUCAUUGACUGUUAUGGUAGAAAAUCCGCCCAAAGAAAAUGCCAUGAAAGUUUCUGAAUGGAAUAAUAAAGGUGAACAGUGCUGCAAAAUGGAGACUCAGGAGCCAGAGCCUAAAUUUAACCUGAUGCAGGUUCUACAAGAUAAUGGCAAUCUUAGCAAAGUGCAGGCCCGGAUAGCAUUCUCUGCCUAUCUCCAGCAUGUUCAGAUUCGCCUGAUGAAAGACAGUGGAGGUCAAACGUUCAGUGCCAGUUGGGCCGCCAAAGAGGAUGAACAGAUGGAGCUAGUGGUUCGCUUCCUUAAACGAGCAUCCAGUAACCUCCAGCACUCACUGAGGAUGGUACUACCCAGUCGACGAUUGGCACUUCUGGAACGCAGAAGAAUCUUGGCACACCAACUGGGUGAUUUUAUUAUUGUGUACAACAAGGAAACAGAACAGAUGGCUGAAAAGAAAUCGAAGAAGAAACUUGAAGAAGAAGAGGAAGAUGGGGUGAAUACAGAAAACUUUCAGGAGUUCAUCAGACAAGCAAGUGAGGCUGAGCUGGAGGAGGUGUUGACUUUUUAUACCCAAAAAAACAAGUCUGCAAGCGUCUUCCUGGGGACCCACUCAAAAAGUUCUAAAAACAGCAACAGUUAUUCUGAUAGCGGGGCAAAGGGUGAUCACCCUGAGACCACGGAGGAAGUGAAAAUAAAGCAGCCCAAACAGCAGCAGGCAACAGAAAUUCACUCCGACAAAUUAUCUCGAUUUACUACUUCAGCAGAAAAAGAGGCUAAAUUAGUCUAUACAAAUUCUUCCUCUGCUUCUUUCUCUGGUCCUGCUGCUACUCUUCUGCAGAAAAUUCCCAAUACCCACUUGUCAUCUAUUAUUACAACCUCUGACCUGUCAGCAGGGCCUGGCCACCAUUCUUCUUUAUCUCAGAUUCCUCCAGCUAUCCCCACCAUGUCUCACCAGCCAACAAUUUUACUGAGCUCAGUCCCUGACAGUGCCUCUCCCUCCAUACAUCCUGGGACACAGAACGCACCAAGCCCUGCUGGCCUGCCACGCUGUCGAUCAGGCAGUUACACCAUUGGCCCCUUUUCCUCUUUCCAAAGUGCUGCACACAUCUAUAGCCAGAAACUGUCUCGUCCCUCUUCAGCAAAGGCAGAUUUGCCUACUCUGGACAUUCUAUCAGGCUCAUGCCAUCCAAACAAGCCGCACUCGGGAAUGGCUAAAACACAAAGAGAGGGAGAAGAUGGGUCUCUGUACAGCAGACGGUAUAACCCAAGCAUGGUCACGGCCGAGCUGCAGCGGCUGGCUGAGAAGCAGGCAGCCCGCCAGUAUUCCCCGUCCACCCACAUCAGCCUCCUCACCCAGCAGGUAACAAACCUGAAUUUGGCAAGUGGCGUCAUAAACAGAAGCAGUGCUUCAACCCCCCCCACCCUUCGGCCUGUCAUCAGUCCUAGUGGCCCGACAUGGUCAAUACAGUCAGACCCCCAAGCUCCUGAGAGCCACUCCACCCCUCCUGGAAGCAGGAGCCUUCAAACAGGUGGCUUUGCCUGGGAGGGAGAGGUAGAAAACAACGCGUAUAGCAAGGCUACAGGGGUGGUCCCGCAGCACAAGUACCACCCCACAGCGGGCAGCUACCAACUCCACUUUGCCCUGCAGCAGCUUGAACAACAGAAACUUCAGUCCCGGCAGCUUCUGGACCAGAGUCGAGCCCGGCACCAGGCCAUCUUUGGCAGUCACACACUCUCUAACUCCAAUUUAUGGACAAUAAAUACUGGUGCAGCUUGCAGAAUUUCAAGUGCCACCGGUAGUGGCCAGAAGCCAACCCCUCUGCCCCAGAAAGUGGUGCCGCCUCCAAGUUCUUCCUCAUCGCUGACCCCCAAGCCCCCAGCCAAUCAUAAACAAGUCCUCAGAAAGACCACAUCCCAGAGGGCCUCCAAGGGCUCCUCCGCGGAAGGGCAGCUGAAUGGACUCCAAGGCAGCCUGAACGCUGCGGCCUUUGCGCCCAUCACCGGCCCCACAGGCACCGCUCGCAUCACACUGUCAUGUUGCCCGCCUGUGAUAGGGGCGAACAAGUGGCUUGGCUUUGAAAGGUGAUUCUUCGAGACACCUCGAGUGACCCAGCUCCUGGCGUGCCGGGAAGCUCUUGACGUUCAUCGCCCUGGGGCACCAGAGCUCUCUGGCGGAGCACACUUGCCAGCCAAGCCUGGCCUGAAGAGAAAGUCACCUCUGCUGACACCCCCAAGAUCCUGGCCUAGCGGGCAGGCUCGCCAGGGAGAGCAUUUCACUGCUAGGUGCAGACCGUGAGAAACCUCCCGUGCUUUUUGGCUCUUAGAGAAGCAAUCACGCUCUGGCAUGUGGAUUAUCAAAUCCCUUGGAAGCAUGGCACAGCUGGCUUGGUGGUAAUUAUGUAUAUUGUACAUCGGAUUUUUGCUUCGCUCUGUCAUUACCUGGUCAGGACAUUACAACUUAUUUAAAAUUUCAUCCAUCUUGGGACACCUGGCUGACUCACUCAGUAGCGCGUGCCACUCUUGUUCUCGGGCUUGUGAGUUCGAGCCCCACAUUGGGUGUGGAGUUCACUUUAAAAAAUCUUAAAAAUCUUUAAAAAAUAAAAGUAAUAAAAUUUCAUCUAUUUCUCUCAGAAACCGUGGAUUUUAUGCCCCCCCAAAAUGAGUCCCUUUUCAUUCGAUAUGUACUUUUUUCACAGAGCCCUAGAACUAACUCAUUCUAAUUUCUCUCUGUUCCCAAAAUGAUGAGUUUAUCCAUGUACUGACAUGUUGGUUAUAUUUGCGAAAGGAUACCUCCUGAUGGCGUGUGGACCGAGAAAUGCAGCUGGAAACUGGGGGGUAACAGCGCGUGGUAGCGUGUGACUUACUGUCAUGUGUGUCUCUCUAAUCCCCACUCCCCCUGUGCUCCUGGCGCUUACAGAGCCUAAGGAAAGCCUCGUCUCCCUCCUGGGCUCUCCCCUCUCCCUGCAGGAAGGGGAGUAGCAGGAAAUGGAAUCUGCCCGGGUCAUGGGAUUUUUGAAAGAAACAAAGCAUGAUCUGAUGAGGAGCAGGUUAAUCCUACGAUUUCAUUUCCCUUUCAGAGAGGGCGGGGGCUGGAUUGUGAGAUGAAGUAUUUGGUUUCACAUCUGUUCCAGGAAUUAUCCUCGGCAUAAAUCCAUUUUUCUUUUAAGCAUCCUAAAGCAUCCCGGGGAGCUUCUCCUCCCAUGCACCCUCCCCACCCCCACAGCCCAUUUCAUGGCCACAGAGCAGCUGACAGACCCCUGGAGAGAUCUUGUCAUUGUUGUGGGAGGAAUCUCUUAAGUCCCAGAGGUGCAAAUUUCUGUGGGCCAGUACUAUCAGUUUUGGGUCUGCGCUCCAUGAACAGUUUCAAAUAAAAAGGAAGUAGCAUACCAGCAGUGCGGUAUAAUGGAAAAAGGAGCAAUUUU